GGAUCCUGAUUGCAUCAUGUCAAGAAGAAGAAGGAAGUGCAAGCAACUCCUGAGGGCAAUACCUCAGGGAGCCUGGCCAAUGAGGUGAGGUCUUCCCUUUCGACAUGGACUACGGCUGGUACGGUCUGGGUGGAGUUUUUGCUGUGCUUCUAGUUGCUGGUGCCACUUUCGGAUUCAUCGUGAUCUUUGAUCUAUGGACGUGGCGAGCAUGGAAGCAGCUUUAUGCGUCAGAGGUCCUUGUUUGGAUUGUCUUCAUAUUCCUCUCGCUGAUCCUAGCCAAAGUGCUAGCAACAGUGGUUCACUUGCUUGUGACGUGCUGGAAGAUCCGUCAGUAUCGAGCUCUCAUUCACACAGCUGUUCAUGAUCAGGAGUGCAGGGAAGGAAGUCGAGUACGCAAAGUGUUGAUCUGCCAUGCCUCUGUCGGAUCUGGACAUUCGAGAGCUGCUCAGGCUCUGGCAUCUUCCCUUCAUCGAUUGGACCCUUCUGUGGAAGUCCGAUUGGUCGAUCUCAUGGAGCCCCCAUAUGCAGAUCGGACAUUGAUCUAUUUCUACAAAGAUUGGUACUUGAGACUGGUUGGUGGCCAAACCGCCUGCGGUGAGUUGGGUGGGCACUUUGUCGGCUUCCUUUUUGACCGGGCCAACAAUGUUGGAGACUCUUUCACUGGGGGGAACGCCCUGCAGCGCCGCAUUACACAGAGCUUCCUGCUGAACUUUCUCCAGCUAGUGUGUGAGAUGAAACCUGACAUUUUGGUUCACACGCAUUUUCUUGCGCCUGAACUGGUUGCUUCCUUACGGCGAAGGCAUGGAUUGAAAGUUCCACAGGUGACCGUCGUCACGGAUAUGGAUGUCCAUGCGUGGUGGUUUCAACAGCCAACGGACCAGUAUUUUGUCCCGAGGGAGGUAGCUAAAUUCCAACUCGCAGCUGAUGGAGUCCCUGAGAGUGAUAUCACAGUCAGUGGAAUUCCGAUAAUGCCUCAAUUUCAAGACACUCUCAAGGCUCUGCAAAAUCUUUCCAAGCGCGAGAGUCGACUGCGCUUCCUGCGUGAGAUGGAUGCAUCGCUCCACGAUGCUUUUUUACCUGACUGUGACCGACCUGUGGUCGUACAGAUGUCGACUGGCAGGAGCGUGCGUCACAUCUUCAAGAGCUUGGUAAAGAUGGAAACGCCUGUGAUUCUGGUCGUGGUCUGCGGUCGUCAAGCAGAUGCCAGGCAGCAGCUGGAGGAGAUCGAGGUUCCAGAAAGGCACAAGGUUGCUCUUCUUGGAUUCACAUCGUGCAUUCACGAACUCCUUGCCAUAGCUGACGUGGUCAUAUCCAAGCCAGGCGGUCUCAUAACCUCAGAAGCACUUGCUUGCGGUCUGAUGAUGGUUGUGGUGGAUCCAUAUCCUGGACAAGAAGAGAGAAAUGCAUCCAUGCUCUUGGAAGAAGGAGCAGGUAUUUGGAUUUGGGACUAUCGUGAUGCUCCAUUCAGGUUGGACCGAAUCCUUUCUGCUCCAUCUGGAUCCAAGUUCUCCCUGGCGUGGUACAGACAAAAUGCCAGACGCAUUGCAAAGCCAGAUGCAGCCUUCAUAGUUGCCAGGUAUGUCCUCAGCGACGCUCCACGACAGCGGAUGAUGCAGGAGGUGAAUAUGGCGAGCACGGGGGACGCGAACAAUGGAGACCUAGAGACCCCUGGAGCUGAUCAACCUCCACUUCAUACUAUCCAUACUGUCCACACUCAGGGAACCGUUUGGUCGACGAUGCCUCCAAUCGGAAGCAGCCGAAGCGUCUAUUCGGAAGAGAAGGAAACUGCGCCAAGGGUAAGAAGACCAGCGCCCGUGAGGCGAUUGGGUAUGGAGGCCUUUGCGCAAAUGAAGGUGUUGGAUGCAAAUGCAGUUCCACACAACGGAGACAGCGAAGACAGCAGUGACACAGAGGAGGCCUCGAGUGAGAGUGCCUCGUACAUCCAGGUUCAUGGAAACUGAGCUCAGACCAGAGUAGUGGCUGAGCUUCAUCGCUUCAUCGGUGAUCUGCCGCGAAAGAGCUGCAGAAAUCCAUCCCGCAAAA